AGAAACACACAGGAUACACACACACACAGGAUAAUGGUAUCCGUAACAGUCUGUCUCCCCUCUUUAUGGUUACCAGGACAACGCUAGCCCUUCCUCCCUCCCGGAGUCCCCGUGUCGUGCCUCUCCCGGUAGCACCUUAUUGCUGGGUAUGAAGAGGUUGUCUGUGCUGCUGGUGGACUGCAGGAAAACAACGGGGCUGAGUGGAACUGUGAGAGGAGGAGAAGAGAAGAAAGGAUCAGAUUUGACACAUCAAAGAGAAAAACCAAACUCGGGGGAACAAGAGACGUCCAAACCAGCAAGACGACACCUCUGCUCCCAGAUUGGAAAGAGUUUUACCAAGUUAGGAAGCCUGAAAGCUCAUGAGCGAAUACACUCAGGGGAGAAGCCUUACCACUGCUACCAUUGUGGAACUAGGUUUACCAAGUUAGGAAGCCUGAAAAGACAUGAGAGGAUACACACCGAAGCGAAGCCUUUCCAUUGCACCCUGUGUGGAACGAGUUUUAACCUUUUAGGAAAUCUGAAAAGACACGAGAGAAUACAUACAGGGGAGAAGCCUUUCCAUUGCGCCCAGUGUGGAAAGCGUUUUAGCUUGUUAGGGAACCUGCAAUCUCAUGAGCGAAUACACACAGGGGAGAAGCCAUACCAUUGCGCCCAGUGUGGAAAUAGUUUUAGCGAAUUAGGACACCUGAAAGUGCAUGAGCGAAUCCACACAGGUGAGAAGCCUUACAAAUGCUCCCAGUGUGUAAAGAGAUUUAGCCACUUAGGAAACCUGAAUGAACACAUGAGACUGCACACAGGAGAGAAGCCUUACCACUGCAUCCAGUGUGGAAAGGGAUUUAGCCACUUAGGAAGCCUGAAAGCUCAUGAGCGAAUACACACAGGGGAGAAGCCUUUCCAUUGCACCCAUUGUGGAAAGAGUUUUAGCCAGUUAGUUAACAUGAAAAGACAUCAGCGGAUACACACGGGAGCAAAGCCACACCAUUGCUCCCAGUGUGGAAAGAGGUUUAGCCAGCCAGGAAAGCUGAAAGCACAUGAGCAAAUACACACAGGGGAGAAGCCUUUCCAUUGCUCCCAGUGUGGAAAGAGUUUUAUGCGGUUAGACACCCUCAAAACUCAUGAGCGAAUACACACGGGGGAGAAGCCAUACCAUUGUGCCCAGUGUGGUGAGAGUUUUAGCCAGUCAGGAAUCCUGAAAGCUCAUGAGCGAACACACACAGGUGAGAAGCCUUUCCAUUGCUCCCAGUGUGGAAAGAGUUUUAGCCACUUAAGAAAUCUGAAAGCUCAUGAGCGAACACAUACAGGGGAGAAGCCUUUCAAUUGCUCCCAGUGUGCAAAGCGUUUUACCCAUUUAGGAAAUCUGAAAGAACAUGUGAGACUGCACACAGGGGAGAAAUCUUACAAGUGCUCAGACUGUGGGAAAACAUAUUGCUCAUCACAGUCACUUAAACGUCAUGUGAGAAUCCACACAGGAGAAAAUAAUUACUUAUCCUAUCCCGCCCAGGAACAGGAAACUAUAAAGAUAUGUGCUCAUCACCCAAUGCUUCAGGAAAUCAGACUGUCUACACUGCACUGUAGAGGAGGAGAAGAGAUGAAAGGAUCAGAUUUGACACAUCAAAGAGAAAGACCAGACUCAGAGGAACCAGAGCCAGGGACGUCCAAACCAGCAAGACGACUCCAGUGCUCCCACUGUGGAAAGAGUUGUAACCAGAAAGCACAGCUGAAAGCUCAUGAGAGAAUACACACAGGGGAGAAAUCUUACCACUGCUCCCAAUGUGGAAUGUGUUUUAACCAUUCAGGGAAGCUGAAACGGCAUGAGAGAAUACACACCGGAGAGAAGCCUUACCACUGCUCCCAAUGUGGUAGGUGUUUCAACCAUCCAUGGGAGCUGAAACGGCAUGAGAGAAUACACACCGGAGAGAAGCCUUACCACUGCUCCCAAUGUGGAAAGUGUUUCGGCCGUUCAGAGGAGCUGAAACAACAUGAGAGAAUACACACAGGAGAGAAGCCUUACCACUGUUCACAGUGUGGAAAGAGUUUUCACCAGAAAGCACACCUGAAAGCUCACGAGAGAAUACACACAGGGGAGAAACCUUACCACUGCUCCCAAUGUGGAAAGUGUUUCGGCCGUUCGGAGGAGCUAAAACAGCAUGAGAGAAUACACACAGGAGAGAAGCCUUACCACUGCUCCCAGUGUGGAAUGUGUUUUAACCAUUCAGGGAAGCUGAAACGGCAUGAGAGAAUACACACCGGAGAGAAGCCUUACCACUGCUCCCAAUGUGGUAGGUGUUUCAACCAUUCAUGGGAGAUGAAACGGCAUGAGAGAAUACACACCGGAGAGAAGCCUUACCACUGCUCCCAAUGUGGAAAGUGUUUCGGCCGUUCGGAGGAGCUGAAACAGCAUGAGAGAAUACACACAGGAGAGAAGCCUUACCACUGCUCCCAGUGUGGAAUGUGUUUCAACCAUUCAGGGACGCUGAAACGGCAUGAGAGAAUACACACCGGAGAGAAGCCUUACCACUGCUCCCAAUGUGGAAAGUGUUUCGGCCGUUCGGGUGAGCUGAAACAACAUGAGAGAAUACACACAGGAGAGAAGCCUUACCACUGCUCCCAGUGUGGAAUGUGUUUCAACCAUUCAGGAUUGCUGAAAUGGCAUGAGAGAAUACACACAGGAGAGAAGCCUUACCACUGCUCCCAAUGUGGAAAGUGUUUCGACCGUUCGGCGGAGCUGAAACAACAUAAGAGAAUACACACAGGAGAGAAGCCUUACUACUGCUCCCAAUGUGGAAAGUGUUUCGGCCGUUCAGACGAGCUGAAACAACAUGAGAGAAUACACACAGGAGAGAAGCCUUACCACUGCUCCCAAUGUGGAAAGUGUUUCAACCAGAGAGGAAACCUGAAACGACAUGAGAGAAUACACACAGGGCAGAAGCCUUACCACUCCUCCCAGGGUGCAAAGCUUUUGCCCAUAUAGGGUGCCUGAAAGAACACAUUAGACUGCACACAGAGGAGAAGGCUUAGAAAAGCUCAGACUGUGGGAAAACAUAGUACUCAUAACAGUCAUUUAAACGUCAUUAGAGAAUCCACACAGGAGAGAGAUAUUACUUCUCUUAGCGUGUAUAUUGAUAUUUCACAUCACAUUGACUUAAAAAUCAUCAGAGAACAUACACAGUGCUCCCGUUGUCUUAUAUUGUUGACUGACAAUAUGUUUACCUGUCUUUACCAGAUGAAAUUAAAUGGUACAGGGUAUACUCAAACAUAUAUUUGUUUGUUUCUAUUAGAAGACAUGAAGUGAAUAUGGAGGCUGUCAGUUUGAAUAUAAAGAAGAUCAGGUUCCUUCUUUUAAACUGUCCUUUUUUAAAACUCUGUGUGUUUAUCUGGGUGUGUCAUUCCUCCAGCACUACAGAUAAUCAAGUGAUAUUUGGAUGUGAUGCAUUAGUUCCAUUGUUGACAUUUGCAUUGUAGCCCACUGAUGAUUUAAUGAAAUGAAAAUGUUCACAACCUUGUGAAACUGUCCUAUUAUAAGCUCCUGUUCUUGGGAGUAUCAUCCUGUGUUGCAAACCAAUUUGCACCUGUGUCCUUGUAUGAAUAAAGUCCCUCCCAGGAACAGGAAACUAUAAAGAUAUGUGCUCAUCACCCAAUGCUUCAGGAAUUCAGACUGUCUACACUGCGCUGUGUAACUCUGUUAUUCUCUCUGAGCUCAGAAAUAAAGAAUCUUGGUUUGA